AUGGAUGUGUGUGAAGGUUUUCGAGUUUUCAAUAAUCACGAUUUAAACAGCACUUUGACGCUACAACCGUUCACCUCGGUCACGUUAAUUUCCAGUGAAGCAUGGCUAAAGGCUGCCGAACUGACUCCCACGUGGGUAUGGGCUCUGGUCGACCUACCUGAGACGAUGCAUGCCAAUUAUCGGGAAAAUGCCCGGUUUCUACGCCUCAUUCAGCAGGUUCGGGACUUCUUACAUCUCCUCAUCAAAGUGCAUAAAUGCGAAACAGAAAUGAUCAAGACAUUAGCAUUUCGACUUGGGACACGACAUAAAGGCUACAUGAACGAAGGCAAUGACAACUCCUACUGGGCUCCAUUCGCUCAACAACUGCCGAUCGCCAUCGCCAAGACAUAUAUGGAUGUUGUCAAUCAUGAUAAUAGAAUUCGACGGAUCUUUCGAGUUCGAGUACAUGCUGAUCGAAGUGAAGAGGAAGAGUUGAUAAAUUCAUGGCGUCAACUAAUGAAUACCAUCGUGGAGGCGAUGAAACGUGGCUAUGAAGGGUGUCCAUCUCAAAAAACACCCAUGAGGCUUAGCAUAACGAACAGUAUUAUCUCAAUGGCUUCACUACGAUCAGGACGAAGUCGUUCGGCUUCACAAUUCCUGGAGCCCAAUUUGUCUCCAGUCAUGGGUAAGGGUAUAGCUUCUGCCAUCUCCGGAUUUUACUUAAGAUGGACCUUAAUAUUAAUUAUUCAAGUGCUUUGUACAGCCUCAACUAAAAAAUGCACCACAUAA